AUGCUCAGAACUUACUCUUUCCUAAGUACUUGGACCCAAGAAAGAAGCAUGAAGUGGCUUGGGAUCCUGGGGCUGGUGGCCCUCUCAGAGUGCCUAGUCAAAAUCCCUCUAACAAAGAUCACGACCGUGGGAGAAACCCUAAGGGAGAAAAAUCUGCUGACACAUUUCCUGGAGGAGAACAUUGAUGACAGGUCCCACAAUGCCACCCAUGAGAGGAAAUUUUCUCUUCACCCCCUGAGGAACUAUAGGGAUCUGGUCUACGUCGGCAACAUCACCAUUGGAACACCCCCUCAGGAGUUCAGGGUCGUCUUUGACACCGGCUCAUCUGACUUGUGGGUGCCCUCCAUCUACUGCCACAGUCCUUCCUGCCAUACACACAGGGUCUUUGAUCCUCACUCGUCCACCACCUUCCGGUUCUGGGCCCGGCAGGUCGACCUCAACUAUGGCUUUGGAAAAAUAGUUGGAUAUCUUGGCUAUGACAUCGUUCGGAUCGGGAAACUUGUCAAUGUGAUCCAGGUAUUUGGCCUGAUCCAUAUACAGAUUGGCUUGGAUAAUGCACCCUUUGAUGGCAUCCUGGGCCUGGCCUACCCUAGCCUCGCCCUCCAAGGGACCACCCCCGUCUUUGACAACCUGAUGAGACAUGGUAUCAUUUCUCAGCCUGUCUUUGCCUUCUACUUGAGCACCCGGAAGGAGAAUGGCAGCGUGGUGAUGUUUGGCGGGGUGGACCACAGCUACCACAAAGGAAAGCUCAAGUGGAUACCAGUGUCCCGAACCUACUUCUGGCAGAUAACCAUGACCAGCAUCACCAUGAACGGGACAGUUAUUGGUUGCUCCCGUGGAUGCCAGGCCAUUGUGGAUACCGGGACCACGUUCCUGAUGGGCCCAACUACACUGGUCACCACCAUCCAGAAGCUCAUCACUGCCAGGCCUCACCGUCAAGAGUACUUAGUUUCAUGUAAGAACAUCAGGCGCCUGCCUAGUAUCAUCUUCACCAUCAAUGGCCAUGACUACCCAGUGCCCGCUAAAGCCUACAUUGGAAAGAGUCCUCAGGGCCACUGUUACAGCAACUUUCAAGGUGGCACAGAGAACUUGAAGCGGCUGGAGACUUGGGUCCUCGGUGACGCCUUCCUGAGACUGUAUUUCUCAGUUUAUGACCGGCGAAAGAACAGGAUUGGCCUGGCUCCUGCAGUAUAA